AUUAUUUGCUUUGUUAGAACGUCACCGACAAAGGUAUCAGCUCGACUAUAGUCUUUUUUUCUAAAAGAAAACUUCUACAAAAUCUUUUCAAUUUGAAGAAAUAUCGCAUCUUUUCAACUCGAAUAAAUCAUGGAAGGAAACAAUGAAAAAGUAAAUUCAACUGUGAAUAUGUCUCCAUUCCAAUUACCCGACGCAAGCUAUCCAAACACUCCUAGAGAAUUUGCUACAUUUAUGAACUCGGGUAAUGACGAAAUUAUUGCUGGACGAAGCAUAUCUGAAUUGGGAUUGCACGACGAGAACGAAAUAAUCAAGGAAGAUGAUACGGAUGUUGAAAGUACGGAUAAAGAGUGGCCGGAAGAAAAUCAUAAUGAUAGCGACGAAACGAAAGCUAAUUCGAGACGCCGUUCCUCAUUCAUAAAUAGAAUGCCCAGAUUCUUUAGGAAUAUAUUCCCCUGCUUAGCCGGAGAGGAUUCGAAGGAAUCGAAAUUUGAUUCUGAAUCGAAAAAUUUUAAAUCUACGCAACAAUCGAAUAGUACUUCAAAACUUUAUGAUGAUGGUGAAUCUCAGCUUUGUCCAGAUUUAAGACAAAAGGUUAUUUUCUUACCGGAGGAUGGAAAUCAAUCGGGAACGGAAAGUGUUCAAUCAAAUUUUGCAAAGCCGUCCGCUUCCGGCGAGAACGUUCAUGAUAAAUCGGCUGCUGCUGAAGAAAGUUUUAUUUGGGAUACGAAUGAACAUAACGAUCAGGACACUGAUUUGGAAAGUGAGGGGGAAAGUUAUAAAUGUUAGGGAAAUUGCAACUUAAGUUUAUAAAAUUAUAUAAUAAAAUAUAUUUAUUUAUUACCAACAGCUGAGGACAUGACAAUUUCUGAUGCUGAUUGAGAUUGUCUGUCGCCCGGAUAUGAAUGAAUCAUCAGAUAAUUGAAAAAAAAAAACAAAAGGUGGGAUGGGAAAAUUAGGGGUAUCAGAAAUAGUUGAAGAUAAGCAAAUAUAUUAGGAGUGAAUGUAUAUGAGUUAAAGAAGAAUGUAUUCUAGCUCUCUCUCUCUCUCUUUAUAUUUCGUUUGUUUUAGCAUGUAUACGUUAAUAUUCAAG